AUGACACUGACAAAGAGCGUCACUUUCGAGGUUUUUCGUGGCUCGCAAGAGGGCAAGAUCGUGGCCGACAAGACCACGCGCACCUUGCAACCCAACGAGGUUUACAUCGAGACCACACACUCCGGUCUUUGCGGCACAGAUGAGCACUUCCUCAAGUCCGGAAUGGUUCUGGGCCACGAGGGUGUCGGCGUCGUUCGUCAGAUUGGCUCUGGUGUCACGAACGUGAAGGUUGGAGCACGUGUUGGAUUCGGAUACACUCACUACGUGUGCGGAACCUGUUCCAAGUGUUUGACUGGAUGGGAUCAAUACUGCGAGAAUAAGAAGGAGUACGGCACACACGACCACGACCUCGGAUCAUUCGGCGAGGGAGUUGUAUGGGACUCUGGAUGUGUUGUCCCCAUUCCCGAUGGAUAUGAUUCCGCCGACGCAGCGCCUCUGAUGUGUGCUGGUGCAACUGUCUGGACCGUUUUGACGGAAUACGGCGUGAAGCCCACCGAUCGGGUGGCUAUCAUGGGUGUUGGAGGCUUGGGUCAUUUGGCUAUCAAGUUGGCCGCCGCCAUGGGCUGCCACGUGGUUGUCCUGUCGAGCUCAGAGGCCAAGCGUGAGGAGGCGUUCAGUUUCGGCGCCUCCGAGUACCACGUUUUCCGCGCUGGCGAGGAGAUUCCUGGAUUCAAGCCUGUGAACCACCUCCUGCUCUGCGGAAGUGCGAAUGUGGAUUAUCCUUCUCUCAUCCCUCUCAUGGAUAUCCACGGGUCCAUCUACCCUCUGACCGUCGACUUCGCCCCCUCUCCAGUGCCGCUGCUGUACAUGAACGUCAAGGGAAUCCGGAUUCAGGGUUCCCUGGUUGCUUCUCGGCACAGUCUACGGACCUUGGUCCAGUUCGCAGCGGAGAAGAAGAUCACCCCGACUACCAUGACAUUCCCUCUGACCAAGGAUGGCGUCGAGGAGGCCAUGGAGACCCUCCGUAAUGGCAAGAUGAGAUACCGAGGAGUUUUGGUUCGAUAG